GGGCAUUUCAUGCCCACGGUCACGACAGAAAUUUCCCACCCCAUGACGGAGCCGCCGAACGGGCUGGUCCCGGGGGUUUUCGCGGCUCAAGACAACAUCACAACCGGCGGGUUGCGACGGGGAGAGAGCUGCUGCAUUGCCUCGUUGCCUCGCUGCCUCGCGGGGUGUCAGAGGCUGGGACCCACACCAUGCUGCCAAGAUCUGCAGGUAUAACAAGACUCGGACGGGCCAGAAGGGGCAUCGAUGUACUCGAAAAGUGGCGCAUGGCCAGACUGGGCAUGAGAAAUCUCCCGGGAAUAGCAGGAGCGCAUGGCAGCUUCGCGGGCGAGGUGAAGAGAUUUUCGCCGGGGGGCAACAGACGAGUUUUCGCAGGGCCCUUUCCGUUGCGAGCAACCCCGAUCGCUUGGGGUCAAAAUGAGACGUUGCUUCCUCGGGUGGAACCACUUUGGUAACAGCAACCAGAGGAAUUGGCCGUCGCGACUUUAAGCUUGUGGGCGGCGGGAGGGGUUUGGGUCUUCUGGCCUCGCACGCACGCAGUCGGUCACUGCGAUCUGGACUGAAAGUCACAGAGUUGUGAGAGGCUAGCCAUCUCACAGUCAUACUACCAGUAAUAAUGGCUCUCAAUCGCCCAUCUCGCAGGGCUGGCUGGCAGGGAAACACCGCCUGCAUUGGGCCGAGCCGGAGCCGAAGCGCCCCCCCGACGGUAGCGCGCGGCCACAAGACGUUUCGACAGGGGCAGAACUUGAAGGGACCAACCUGCCAACCAAGCUCGCAUCACCCGACGAACUGGAGCAGCGAAAACUGGAAACUAGGCAUUGCACAUUUGCCGUGCCCUGCCUCAGCGAGAACAGACAGUAAAGCUCGCGGCUUCGUCACCAUGGCUCUUUACAGGCUCCCUCCACCGUGCUAUUUAUUCCAGACUGUCACAAAGACACCAACCCUUUGGAAGUACUCUGUAACCAUCAAUUAGCCGUCACCCAACGCAAUGAAUUGGCUUACAUAAGCCGGUACCAUCGGACCGGGAUUAUGGCAUCAUGGGCGCCGUUCUGCCGGUUGCGACGGUCACGGGGGACCCAAUCUGCCGGGAUCGCUCCCCCAUGCCCUCCUCCUCCGUAAUGAUACGCUGUGCGCCGUGACUUCUGAAUAUCUUUACUCAACAUUCCGUCCUCCAGAGCCUCGCCCUUGCCCCAUCCGAGUCCAAGCCCGAGUCCAAGUCGAGGCAUCAGGCUGUCAGAGCUGCCGACUCGCGGCCCACCAUCUCCGAGGACCAUAUUAGCAGAUAUGGCUCCUGAUAGGGGUCAUGAUCGCUCCGGCUACGACCGUCUUGGCACUACCGACGACCAUGUGCAAGUAGACGCCCUCCAAUAUGACCAAGACGACUCGCCUUCCACCCCAACCCUCAGCGUGGCCAAGCCAGGGCUCGACGUUGAAGGCCGCAGCUUCACCCUGCGCGCCAUCGCCGCCGGCCUCUUGGUCGGGCUCGUCAUCUGCUUCUCCAACAUGUACUUUGGCCUCCAGACCGGUUGGGUCAGCAUGAUGACAAUGCCGGCCUCGCUCAUGGGCUUUGGUAUCUUCAAGACCCUGUCCCGCCACCUGUCCUUCCCCUUUUCACCCGUCGAGAACGUCCUGGUCCAGACCGUCGCCGGUUCAAUGGCCAUCAUGCCGCUUGGCUGUGGCUUCGUCGGCGUGCUGCCCGCCAUGCAGUACCUCCUGAAGCCCGAGGAGCAGGGCCCCGUCAACCUCGGCACUUGGAAGCUUGUCGUCUGGUCACUGGGCCUGUGCUACUUUGGUGUGGUCUUUGCUGUCCCCCUGAGGCGCCAGGUCAUCAUCCGGGAGAAGCUCAAGUUCCCCAGCGGCUUCAGCACUGCUGUCUUGAUCAGUGUGCUGCAUGGCAAGACGGGGCUUGUGAGGGAUGACUCGUCCCCGGAGCACAACCAACAGGAGAACCUUGUUUCUGAGGGCUUUGGUGGGCGUCUCGAGCAGGAUGGGCCGGGACAAGUCGCAGACGAGGAGGAAGGUGCCGAGCUCCGGAGGCAGCAGUGGAAGGCUAACGUUAGGUUACUACUCACUUGUUUCUUCAUAUCGGGGCUAUACACAUUUGCAACUUACUUCUUCCCAAUCCUGAGAGAUCUGCCCAUCUUUGGCACAGCGGCAGCUUCGACAUGGCUGUGGACACUGAAUCCCAGCCUAGCUUAUGUUGGGCAGGGUAUCAUCAUGGGACCAGCAACUACAAUCCACAUGCUCCUCGGCGCAAUACUCGGAUGGGGCGUGCUCUCACCGCUGGCUAAACAUCAAGGUUGGGCCCCUGGCAAGAUCAGCGACUGGGAGAACGGGAGCAAAGGCUGGAUCGUGUGGACCUCGCUUGCAAUCAUGCUCGCCGAUGCCGUUGUCAGCCUCGGCUAUCUUGCCUCACGGCCCCUUCUCCAGCACCUCUCCAAAGCUGGCGCCAAGUUCCACGAGCGGUGGCAGAACGGGGACACCAGCUUGAACCAGCUGCUUCCACCCCGUCACCAGGGAUACACCACGCUCAGGGCACACGAGGACGACAUUCCGCCACACGGCCCCUCCUCUGACCACCAGCAGCCAGAGCGCGAGGAGGAGGAGGAGCAGGAGCAGCAGCAGCAGCCGUCCAUCUCGCACCUCCUUGCUGAGGCCGACCAGGACGAUGCCCCAGCCUCCCAGCUGAUCUCGAACCGCACCGUGGCUAUCGGCCUUGUGCUGUCUAUCGCCUUCUGCGUGCUCUGCAUUCACAUUGUCUUUGGGGACCUCGUUCCGCUGUACGCGACCGUCUCGGCGGUGCUGAUGGCGCUGGUCCUGAGUAUUAUGGGCGUUCGCGCCCUAGGCGAGACGGACCUGAACCCCGUGUCGGGCAUUUCAAAGCUGGCGCAGCUUUUCUUCGCCCUCAUCGUGCCGCAGUCCCACCCCACCUCAGUGCUCAUCAACCUCGUCGCCGGAGCCGUCUCCGAGGCCGGCGCCCUGCAGGCCGGAGACCUGAUGCAGGACCUCAAGACGGGUCACCUGCUGGGUGCGGCGCCCAAGGCCCAGUUCUGGGGCCAGGUUGUCGGCGCCACCGUCGGCGCCGUCGUGAGCGCCUUCAUAUACAGGCUCUACACCGCCGUGUAUACCAUCCCGGGCUCGUUGUUCCAGGUCCCGACCGCUUAUGUGUGGAUCUUCACCGCGAGGCUGGUCACUGGCCAAGGCCUGCCUUAUAUGGCCAGGGAGUGGGCCAUAGCAUUCGCGGUGCUAUUUACCGCGACCACCAUGGUGAGGAUCUAUGCCACAAACAAGAGAUGGCAGCACCUUGUCCCUGGCGGUAUCGCAGUGGCUGUGGGCAUGUACAACGUGCCUAGCUUCACACUGGCGAGGACUGUCGGCGGCCUGGUGGCCUGGUGGUGGAGGCGAAAGGGCACUAGGGAAGACACACCUCUGAUUGUGCUCGCAUCAGGUUUCAUCCUCGGGGAGGGGUUCUUGAGCAUCGUUAAUCUAAUCAUGGAAAGUGCAGGUGUGCCACAUCUGUGAGAUCUGAGGAGAGGAGGCAUUGCGAAGAUUAUUCUAGACUUUUUCAGGCAUAAGCAGACAUUUCAGGAGAUGGAAUGUAGCCAAAACAAAACGUAAACCUGCUCAGUCUCUCCAUUGCGGGCAUACUUCGAGCGUUACUUAGACAUAGCUCACAAGUCCUAGGGCCAGCUUUGUCUCCCUUGGGGAACACAACAUCGCACUGGAAGAUACCAGGACAAGACUCCUUGCAUUUUGUUGAAUUUAAU